ACAGCAACGUCGAAUGUUCACAGCUGCCCUCCUGGCACUUGUUUUCAUUCUGGCAGCUGUGAGUACCACCGAGGCUGGCAAAAAAGAGAAACCAGAGAAAAAGGCGAAGAAGUCUGACUGUGGGGAAUGGCAGUGGAGCGUCUGCGUGCCCACCAGUGGUGACUGUGGCCUGGGGACGCGUGAGGGCACUCGCACUGGAGCUGAGUGCAAACAAACCACCAAGACUCAGAAGUGUAAGAUUCCCUGCAACUGGAAGAAGCAAUUUGGAGCAGAGUGCAAAUACCAGUUCCAGGCCUGGGGAGAAUGUGACUUGAAUACUGCCUUGAAGACUCGAACCGGGAACCUAAAGAGAGCCCUUCAUAAUGCUGACUGCCAGAAGACUGUCACAAUCUCAAAGCCCUGUGGGAAGCUUACCAAACCCAAACCUCAAGAAUCCAAGAAGAAGAAAAAGGAAGGCAAGAAACAAGAGAAGAUGCUGGAUUAAUGGAGCCAACUUGGGCAAUGUGAGAAAAGGACAUCAGCAAACACGAUCAGUUAACAGUUUCAUUUAUACCUAGGCAUUUUAUCCUAAAAUUAUUUAUAGCUUAAUGGUACCAUAGAAGGAAACAAACAAACA